AAAGCAGCUCACUUUCAUCAUGCCUCGUCUUAACAUAGCUCUUGACCUUCCACCUCCACUCCCCUCUCUACCUAAUCAACCUCACCCUUCCCCCUCCCCGCUGCAGCAGCUGAUCAAUAACACCCUCUCUUCCACAGACUACGACCUAUGUUGCAUUCCUCUCACCAACGCUCGAUGGCAGACGAGGUGGGAACGUCUAUGUCUCCGUCUGACAGAGGAUGAAGAUCUCGCCUCACCUGAAGCCUCUAAACAUCGAGAAGAGGUAGAUCGAGAGGCGGAUAUGUGGAGACGAGAAGGUGGUUUGAGCCGGGAAGAGGUAAACGUGUGUCGAUUAGAGGAAACGCCUCAUCUCAUAGGACUUGGACCGGAAUGGUUAGAUCUUGACUCGCCUGAUGAGGGUAUCCGUUUCGAUUCAGAGCUCGCUUUACGAGCUGAAAUGGCUCAUGCCAUUUACGUCUCCUUACCCACCAUCAUAAUAGCCGGACCAUCCAUCGCCAAUCGACAUUUCCUACCUUCCUACGCUCGAGCUAUAGCCGGCUUGCUGCAAAUGAACAGUACAACCACCAACACCAAAAUAUCCAUCCGUAUACCCAUUUCUGAUCCCGUGGAAUUGAUCUCUCAAGGUCCUUCUCAACCUGGCACGAACCCAACUCAGAAAUUACCAGAAUCGACAUCCACAGGUUCAAAACACAAGCGUAUGUCUUCUCUAUCCACAAGACCUAUGUCUAUCCAUCAAUCUCAAGUAAACACAUUACAACAGAAUCAACUUCAACAACAACAGCAACAAGUACCUGGUCAAGGGGUUCGUACAUUUAGCGGAACCAGUGCUGCAAGCUCGACCAUGAGCGCAAGAACCGUCGUCCCUUCAGCAGCGGGAGAUCCAUGUACCACUUGGGAAAUGUGGGAUUAUAUCCGAACGGUAUGUGGUCAUGAUUCAAGAUUGUCAGUCACUCUGGAUUUGACAAAUCCUCUUCCUCCUUCCGUCGGUGCUUUGGCAAGAUGGACAGCCGAACCAGUUUCAUACAUCUGGUUACCCGCAGGAUCUUUUAUACCCAACGCCAAGGGUUAUCCCGUUUUGUCAAAAGCUUGUCAAGCUUUUCUUCGUGGUAUGGCUAAGCUCUCCCCCACUUACAUCCUAUCCGGUACCACAAUGUCCCGUCAUCCCGCCGGUGGACCAACAGCAUAUCUACAGUACCUUCGACAUAUCACUACCACCCCGGGUCCCGGUGUUGGCAUGUCUCUGGCCAAUGGCGCUUCUGCCGUUGGUGAUCUAGGCGCAGGAUAUUCAGAUUUUCUCCAAGCUCCUCUACAGCCUCUUAUGGAUGAUUUGGGAAGUGCGACAUAUGAUGUGUUUGAGAGAGAUCCGGUCAAGUAUAGACAAUAUGAGGCUGCGAUCUACCUCGCGUUGAUGGAUCUGCCUCAGGAGAAGACACAUGCUAUCGCUGUUGCUGGAGCUGGACGAGGACCUUUAGUUGCUUGUUGUUUGAGUGCUUUGGUGAGGGCUGAACGAAAGGCAAAGAUAUACGCCGUGGAGAAGAAUGCGAGUGCGUUUUUGACCUUACAAGAACGUAAAGCUCUCGAAUGGCAUGACGCGGUGGAUAUCAUUUCGGGAGAUAUGCGAAAAGUCGUUUUACCCGAACAAGUAGAUUUGUUAGUAUCGGAACUACUAGGAUCUUUGGGGGAUAAUGAACUCUCUCCUGAAUGUCUUGAUGGUGCAGCUAGGUUUUUGAAGCCCGACGGAUUCUCAAUACCAAUGUCUUACACCGCUCAUAUCGCCCCUGUAUCAUCGAGUAAAUUACAUUACGAAGUUUCACUUCCUACUCGUCCAGCCGGAGCUGCAGAGACACCUUAUGUGGUUAUGAUGUCCGCUGUCAAUGCUCUUUCUGGUGAAGGACCAGGACCAUCUGGAAGAUGUGGAGAGAGAAUACAACAAUGUUGGCAAUUUGAACAUCCACGCAAAGAUUUGAUCCUUGGUGAGGAUGGUCUUCCACUUAACAACACCCACAACACUCGUUCCGCUCAUAUGUCAUUCCAUAUCCCUCACGCAGGUCCUCUUCACGGUCUAGCAGGAUACUUCGAAGCUCAUCUAUAUGGAAAUAUAGGUCUUUCAAUCCAUCCUGAAAAUAUGUCAUUAGUUUCACCCGAUAUGUUCUCUUGGUUCCCUUUAUUCUUCCCAUUCAUCGAACCUUUACAUUUACCAUCCAAUUGUGAACUUGUAGUUUCACUUUGGCGUCUGACUGAUCGGUUUAAAGUUUGGUACGAAUGGUGUGCAGAAGCUUUUUUACCUCUUGAAGAAAUACGUUCAGAAAGAAGAGUUAGCGCUCAACAAAUUAUUGGAAUUUCAAGUAUGGGAUUAGGUGGUGGUGGUGGUGGUGCUCCAAGUCCUUAUAUGGAUGCACCAACAAGUCCUAUUUAUCCUACACAUGGUAAUUAUUUAGCAGGUGGUGGAAGAGUUAAAAUCGGUCAAACUAGAUUACAUAAUGUUGGAGGGAAAUGUUCUUCUAUUGGUCUUUAA